GUGAUAUAGAUGUCGGGACUCUACUAUUUAUUUUUAGUUUACAACUAAAAUUAUGACUAUGAGAUAAAAUAUUCACGAAUCAAACAAAAUUUCAAAUGACUAUUUUUAAAUAGCGUCAAAAUUCUAAGUGCGCUAACUAAAAAAAUAGAGGGCAAGUACAAAAGAAGUGGAGCGUAAAACUUAAAUUUUAUAUUCAACCAAAAGUCUUAACAACAGCCAACAAGAUUAUUGGGCACGUGAUGGUUGAAUUUAAAAUUACACGUCAAAGAGUUUAUGGAGAAACAGUCCACGUUCUUAUCACAAUACAAUUUCACAACUAGAAUUUACUAUUGUGAUAAAUUACUUAAAAACAUACCAAAUGGUUUAUUUAAUUCAUAUAAUUUUAACAUGUUCCUCCACUUAAACCUCCUGACAGAGGACCAACCAUGACAACUUGCUGCAACAAGUAUUUAUUAACAAAAUCUUCAACUUAAAGACUUAGUAUAACUCCAACCUGUAUUACUGUAUAAACUCUAAAAUCCAUAAAAUUUUGGGUCUCAGAACUUUUCUCUUUCAGACCAAAAUAUCACCAUGCCAUUCAACAAAACCAACUCAGUAAGAUUCUCAAAACCCACAUCAAUUCUUCCCUACGAAACCCAAAACGUUAAUGAUCUUUACACUCUAGGUGAAAAACUAGGCCAAGGCCAAUAUGGAACCACAUACUUAUGCACAGAAAACUCCACAGGAUCAAAAUAUGCCUGCAAAUCAAUACCCAAGAGGAAGCUUUUGUGUAGGGAAGAUUGUGACGAUGUCUGGAGAGAGAUUCAGAUAAUGCACCACUUAGUUGAGCACCCGAAUGUUGUAACCAUUAAAGGUACUUAUGAAGACUCAACUCAUGUUCAUUUAGUCAUGGAGUUGUGUGAAGGUGGAGAACUCUUCGAUAGAAUUGUGGCGAAAGGACAAUAUAGUGAGAGAGAAGCCGCUAGGUUGAUGAAGACCAUCAUUGGUGUUGUUGAAGCUUGCCAUUCAUUAGGGGUCAUUCAUAGAGAUCUCAAGCCUGAAAACUUCUUGUUUGAGAGUACUGCAGAGGAUUCUUCUCUAAAAGCCACCGAUUUUGGCCUUUCUGUGUUUUAUCAGCCAGGUGAUACUUUCAGUGAUGUGGUAGGGAGUCCUUUCUAUGUUGCACCAGAAGUAUUGUCCAAGCUUUAUGGCCCAGAAGCUGAUGUUUGGAGUGCAGGUGUUAUCUUGUACAUCUUACUUAGUGGAGUUCCACCUUUUUGGGCAGAAACCGAUGCAGGAAUAUUUAGACAGAUAUUGAAAGGAAAGGUCAAUUUUGAGACAAGACCAUGGCCAAGCAUCUCGGAAGGUGCAAAAGGUUUGAUAAGGAAGAUGCUUGAAAGAGAUCCCAGACAAAGGCUCACAGCCUACCAAGUUCUCAGUCAUCCAUGGAUUGUUGACGACUCAAAUGUACCUGACAAGCCUCUCGAUUCAGCUGUUCUAUCACGCCUCAAGCACUUUUCAGCCAUGAACAAGCUUAAGAAGAUGGCCUGCCGGGUCAUAGCUGAAAAACUCUCUGAAGAAGAAAUUGGUGGAUUGAAGGAGCUAUUCAAAAAAAUAGACAAAGACAAUAGUGGAGCCAUAACAUUUGAUGAACUAAAACACGGCCUACGACGUGUUGACUCAAAGAUAAGGGAAUCUGAAAUUGAGGAUCUCAUGCAUGCAGCAGAUGUUGACGAAAAUGGGACCAUAGACUAUGGAGAAUUUGUUGCUGCCACGCUGCACCUAAACAAAUUGGAGAGAGAGGAGAACCUGGCAUCUGCAUUCGCAUAUUUUGACAAAGAUAGCAGUGGUUAUAUAACCAUCGAGGAGCUCCAGCAAGCAUGCAAAGAACUUGGACUCAGUGAUCAUCACCUGGAGGAAAUGAUUACGGAAAUUGAUCAAGAUAAUGAUGGCCAAAUAGAUUAUGGAGAAUUUGUUGCAAUGAUGAGAAUGGGCAAUGGUGGAGGUGGGAGGAGAACGAUGAGAAGCAUUAUAAACUGGGAAGAUGCUGUCGACUUUCUUCAGGAUUCAUAGACUAGAAACUUAGCACCAUUGAAAUUUCACAGUUUCUCUUUAUCGUUGCCAAACAAAAUACUAACCAUUGAAUCUUUCAGUCUCCUGGAGAUGCCGAUUCCAUUUUCAGUUUCUUUAUAUACCAUUUUUUAUUGUCA